AGAUGUUGAAGACUCGUGUGGUUCCUAUUACGUAUAAACACACCAAGAGUUGCGUGGUGGCUUUCUGAGUUCUGUAGAGGCUGCCAGAGAAAGCAGACGUCGUUUUAGGUAUAAGGGGCUGGGAGUCUUAUUGAACACAUGGUUCAUUGUGGAUUAAAAGUCCCCCUAAAUUUGAACUUUAUGUUUAGUUAAAGUGGAGUUUACAAUGACCCAUUGUUGACUCUAAGGAUAUCAUAGAAAAGAUACGAACAUCUGACAAGCCAUCAAGUCAUCGGGAGCGAUGGAGGGAUCGCUUUGGUUGACGCUAAUUGCCACUUGCAUUCUUCUAAAGCCUUCACAUUCCAUUUGUAACCGGGCUUCCCUUUGACUUAGGCUGUGGUAAAGAUUUAGACGUAGUGAUUCUUCUUGAUACCACGUUAAACAAUUCAACACAAUAUGAGGAAUUUAGACAGUUUUUAUUAGAUCUAGUUGACGAUUUUCAAAUUGAUUCCGGAAUUACGCGAGUGGGCUUUGUAACAUUUAGCUCCAGGUCAGUGCUCCAUUUCAGACUUGAUAAAUACAAUACAAAAGCGGAUGUAAAAUCAGCCAUUAAAUCUGUAUUAUUCACGCCAGGAGAAAGGAAUUUUGCGGAUGCAUUCGAUUUGCUUCGAAGACGGGUAUUCUUUGAGCCAUACGGAGAUAGACCGGAUGCACCGAAUGUAGUUCUUUUGAUAACAACUGGAACUUCUGAUAGAAAUGCAUACCAAGCACUACAACAAGCUAAAACCUUGAAAGAUCAAACUAGUAUUCUUGUAAUUUCGAAAGGGGUGAGCAAUAUGAAAGAAAUUAACUCCAUUGCUAGUGAGCCAUAUUUGGAGAACACUUACGAACUAUCUGCGACGGAAAAUAUUAGUUUAAUUAAAGACCUUGUGUAUGUUGGAAUUUGUUCAAUAACUACUAAUUAUUAUGACCUCGAGGAAAUGGAAGGGUCUGCAGUAUCCGCUACAGGAAGUAAUAAUACAGAUUUAACUCUACUUCUUCAUUACUCUGAUACAACACCACAAAGUGAUUUCGAUUUAAUGGUACAAUUCAUGCAAAACCUGUUAUCUAAAGCCGAUGUUGAAAAUGACGAUGUACGAGUAGCUUUGCUAGUUUACGGCAUGGGAACAACCACCAUAUUUGAUUUCAAUGCUUACAAACAAAAUAAGAAAAAGCUUAUGAAUGCACUGAAUAUAGACUAUAAAAGCUGGAGAUCCAAAGAGGCCAAUUUAGCAGGUGCUUUAGAUGUUGUUCGCUCUUCAAUGUUUGUGGAAGCUUCAGGUGAUCGCUUGGAUGUUCCAAACACGCUUUUGGUAAUUACGAACGAUAACUCUGACAGCAAAUAUGUCCCAGCAUUCCCCCAAAGUGUAGCGGAUAUGAAGAAUACCGGAGUGACCAUGAUAGGAGUGGGCAUGAACCUGUUCAAUAAGGAUGAAGUGAAUGCGCUUUCUGAUUCCCCUACAUUUAGCUUCAUUUUGAACGACGCUUCUCAGUUGUCUGUCGUUUCUCGGGAUAUCCAAAAUAGGCUACCCUCACUUAAGACACUUACGACAAUUUCCGUGCCCUCGGCGAGUAAUAUCUAUGAAGAGUCAACCCAAGACAAUAUUGAAAUAUCAACUGGUAUUGAUAGUAAUGUAAAAGCAGACAUAGUGGUUGUGUUUCAUGCUGGUCACAAAACGAAGGCAAAGGAAUUCAAAAACAAUUUGCUUAACUUUUUAUCAAGCCUAUUUGCGAAGGCUCGAAUUGAUACCGGAGAUGUUAAGGUUGCACUAGUUAACUACGGUUUGUCGGGGAAGAUUCUAUUUAACUUUAACAAAUAUACCAAAAAGUCGGAUUUACGUAAAGCCAUUCGAAAAAGUAGCCCCAAGGUUAGAAACAGUAACGCUAACUUAGGUGACGCAUUACAGUUAGUACGAACAAAGUUGUUUACUAAACAAGAGGGGUCAAGGUUACAAGAAGGCGUCCCAUCUGCCGUUAUAUUGGUAACUGAUAUGGCGUCAUCAAAAUCCUCAUAUUCUGUUCAAGACGAAGCGAAUCGACUGAAACAAGAUGUGAAAACCACGAUUUUCACAGUGGGGGUUGAAAAGGCCGAUUUAAAGGAAUUGCAGACAAUUUCAAGUGCUCCAACGGGAAAUCAUUACCAGUCGGUUUCUAAAUAUAAGGACCUUGUUUCGAAUAAAGAUAUCUUGACAAACGUACUAGAUGGAAUUAGGGCACUUCAAAGUCGUAAGUCCAAGAAGAAGCCAAAGGCCACGAUUGGACCGGGACUAAACACAGCACCUUGGUCAGCAUCCGCCAUAAAUCUGGCAAUCCUGUUCCAGUCUUACGGAACCACCAGUCCUAAAAACUUUCACAAACAACUUUUGCCUUUUAUGGCAAAUGUCACACAAUACCCCGACCUUCUAAAGCACAGAACCGAUGUUGCCGUCUUCAAUUACGGCAAAAGCGUCAAUGUUAUUAAGCAAUUUAAAGGAAGCGUUAGUUUGAAUGAAGCAAGAAAUGUCAUCCUAGGAUUGUCAAAGAAACUGCGGAGUAAGUCUGCAGCGCUCUGCAAAGCUGUGGAAGAAGCUCUGAAUGCUUUUCAGAAACUGGAAAAUGUGAAAAUAGCAAGUAACCAGAUUCUGAUAAUAACAGACACCGUUACUUCAGGUGAUUGUUCGUCCGUGUUAGAUGUGUUACGUAACAGCAGUAUAGAAGUGCAGGCGAUUCACAUUGGCAGCUCCCAGGACAAAGUGUUACAGUCCAUAACAGAACAAAAAGGAGGCGGACUCCCCCUCAAAGUAGGGUCUUAUCAGGAUUUGUUGACCCAAUCCCAUGUCUUGGAGGUUGUCGCACAGAACAUACUUUAUAAUGCUGAUUCAAAUGAACGUCGUUUAAAUACACGGAAUAAAAUUGGGAAAGCAACGGAUGGCUUGUCAGCAAAGAUAGCAAUUCUGGUGCAUGCUUCAACUAGGGUUAGUAAAAGAAAUUUUAAAAAACAAUUUUUAAAGUAUGUUAUCAAACUUGUGAAAAGAUCAAAGAUUGGUCCCAAAGGUGUACGAGUGGCAUUGAUAGUCUACGGGGACAAACCAGUUGUUGUGUUUGACUUUAAUGACCACCUGCAAAAAAAGAGUCUUAUAAAAGCUAUAAAGAAAACUCCAAAGAAGCUGAGAUUUGACUCUGCCAACUUAGGAAGUGCUGUUGUAAAGACGAGGGAACUUUUCGCCCAGGAUAAGACGAAUGGUGAUGAAAAUAUCUUGAUAAUACUUACGGAUAUGAAUUCGACGGGUAAUGAUUCACUCCUCCAGUCAGAGAUAGACCAGGCAAAACUAGAAAAAAUCCAGAUCAAUGUCAUCACCGUUGCUUUGCCUAAUGUCACUGGCUUUGAAAGGCUUGUAAGUGAACCGAUUCAAAAACAUUUGUACAAAGUGAAUUCUUAUAAGGACUUGCAGAUCUAUAAAAAGAGUGGAAAGCCUGUCGUGCGAAACAUCCAUUAUCUACGCAAAAAGAAAACCUCAAAGAAACGGCCAAUUACUACCACGACCUCGAAAACGCCAUGGCCAACAGCGUUAAAAAUUAUAUCGACAACGAGCCCACUCUACGAGACGACAAUUAUCUCGGCUACAGGACCAACGUACCAGACGGAAUUUAUAUCCACUACAAGUCCACCGGACCAGUCGAAAUUUAUCUUGAAUACAGGUCCACCGGAUCAGACAAAAAUCAUAUCGUCUGCGGGCGCAACGGAACAUACGUCCACUUUACCCGAUUUGUUUAUUACAGAAACUGUUUUCACUACUCAAAGAAAGGACCUUUCUUCUAAGAGUUCUAAAAAGAAAGAGAUAACAACACCCUUACCAAAAGUAUUGGACAUUACAACUGAGAUCCCUGAUGAAAGUAUACAGACCACCCUUUCAGAUAUAGUUCAAGUAAGUGAUAAACAUAUUGAAAGCACAAGCAUCGUCGAUUCUAGAACAGACAUUCGGAUGACAACAGAGGAAGACGGCAACAUCAUACCAACCACAAUCGGCAAAGAGGGAUCAAAAACAAGUAAAGCAUGGAGAACUACAACAACACAAGUGUCUGAAACAGAUAUAACACACAUUGACGACAACAAAGUAAGUAUUGAAUACGCUACUCGAAGACGCCCUGGUGCUGGAACAUCAACACCGGAUGAUUCGGGUAUUGGUGAAACAAAAUUACCAGAUAUCAAAGUAACGAUUCCAUCUACUGUUACAAGGGAAGUAGUGACCACUGAAAUUCCGAGAGAAUCAUCCACGAAAUGGAACGUAAUUCAUGGAAGUGAUGAUACUGGGGGGGAAAGUAUUCAAAAUAUCACGAAUGAAAUAACUGACAAUAGGAUUGUUGAUGAAAUAGAGAAACGUUCUACAAAAACAGUGAUCUUUCCACAUACUACAAACCCGGCGUCCAAUGAAUAUGACUCCGAGAGGAAAUAUACUAGUGUAAAAAUAGCUAUUGACACAACUGAAAGUUCUAAUCUAAAUACACUCUCUAUCAAUAAAGAUAAAGUCUCUAAAUCAACAGCAAGCAGUUCAAAUGAUACUACUACACAUAAAAGUUUUGAUCCUUUGUUAGAGAGAGAAGUUUCUUCAAAAGAAGAAAGAAACGAAGGAAAGUACACAAACACAGGUGAUAGUGCUCUAGAACGUGCUGCUUGUUUAAACUUUGACGCUGAAUUUUCUCUUCCUCCUGGCGCUGACCAGCAAAAUGUAAAAGUUACAUUUCACAACCUUACCGAAAAAUUGGUCACCUCAUUACAACAAGCUGUUGCCAACGGAAAUAUAUGCGAACUGAUAAGUACAAUUAAUAGUACUUUAGAUGCAUCGCGUUUCACGUUCGAUUUCCGAUUCAAGCGCAUAUUCAAUCAUACAGAUCGUAACGCAAAAGCACUGUUCUUGCAAUUUGUGUAUACUCUAUGUAAUAUUCAAACAUAUGGGCUCAACUAUUCCGCUAAUAUGGACGCGAAUUUUAUGAAAGAAAUCAACAGGGCAGACGAUCUUGAGGCUUUGGAUAGCGGACUGAAUUCUCGUAAAUUGACAGGAACAGCCAUGGAUGGCGAUACCAUAAGGUUACUUCAAAAGCGUCUUCAACAAUCGAAAAAUCGUCCUAUACUUUUCAAUAAUCAAUCCUUGCAGAACAUGAGCAAAUCAUCGCUACUUUUCUUACCAUUUCGUUGCAAAGAUCUCUCCGAACUCAAAGCCCAGAAGAAGAAUCUUUUGCGAAAUGGAGACGAGGCUCAGGUUAUAUUCGCCUUCCACGUGUCUUCGACAGUAAAUCAGAAAGACAAAAAUAUGUUAAAACAGUUCUUCAAUGACAUCCUAUAUAGAGGAGAUGUUGAUGGUGGGAAACUGAAGGUUGCUGUCAUCGGAUACAAGGAUGUGGCCACAACAUACUCGGACUUCUCCAGUUUCAAGUCGAAAAGAGAUUUACUCACCUUGAUUGAUUAUGCAGUGGACAAACAAUGGCAAUCAACAGGAAUGACGAGCAUUAAUGCUGCUACUGUUUUUGAUGAAGUUUCCAAAAUUUUACCAAGAGACGAUACUCCGAAAGCAUUGAUUUUCCUUACAGACCAACAAUCCACGGUCAACGUGGAGAGCCUACAAGAUAACCCAAGAAAGCGAGAGUUGGAGGAUGUGAAUUUAGUUGAGAUUUUCAGUGUUGCUGUUGGUACUAAUUCUAAAGAUGAGCCAGCGGCCCUGGCAUCGAGCCCAGAUAACGUCCUAAGUAUUUCUGAAUACUCGAACUUACCAAGAAUCAGUGAAGAACUCGUUCGAAGACUUGGAAUAUUUCGAAGUUUAACGGUUGUCACUCCUGAUCUGAAAGAUCAAAUGGUUUUCACAACACCGCCACAACAAAAGUAUGUUAUCACUACACCUCCACCUCCACCUCCUAUCAACUUCACAUUUUCAAAGCAAUCUUCACUGGCUGGGCCUUCAAAACAAACAGUCUGUAGUGAAAAAGUUGAUCUUGUGUUUGUCCUCGACUCCUCAACAAGUGUUGGUCAGAGCAACUUCGACAAAAUGAAAGAGUUCGUCAAAACAUUUUUACAUUCAGCUGAAAUAGACUCAGGCGAUGUUCAAGUUGGAAUAUUAUCUUAUAGCACCAAGGUCACCAUUGAAUUUCAUUUAAAAAAAUAUAAAUCUAAACAGAAUCUCUUUACUGCGAUUGACGAUAUCCCAUGGCGCUAUGGGAGCACCAACACUGCCGACGCUUUACAAACAAUGCAUGAAACCAUGUUUUCAACCCUGCAUGGAGAUAGACAAGAUAUAAGAAACAUAGCUAUUGUCAUCACUGAUGGCGUUUCUAAUAUCAAUGGAAGAAGAACUCUAACUGAAGCCAAAAAUGGCAAAGAGAAAAACAUUCAUAUAUACGCCAUUGGAAUAGGGCUUACUGAAAUGCAGGAGGUCAAUGGCAUCGCAUCAUUUCCACCAAGAGCCAACGCUUUCUCUGUGAAAAAUUUUGACGAACUUGAAGGACUGGACGAAAAAAUAUUCCAGUCUAUUUGCGAAAGUGCAGUAAUACCUCCAUCUACAACAACAGCACCAACUACGACUCUUCCAGUGUGCUUUGACCGGGCGGACGUAGUGUUUGUUCUGGAUUCUUCCAUUGGUAUCAAACCCGAAGAUUUUGUGAAAGUGCUUAACUUCUGCAAAAAAUUCCUCAAUCAACUGAAUAUUGACAAUGGUGAAGUACGAAUUGGAAUAGUAACUUUCAGUUCAAAGUACACAAUAGAGUUUAACCUAAACGAUUUUGCUACGAAAAGAGAAUUGGAGCAAGCUAUUGAUAGAAUACCUUGGCGUUAUGGAUCAACAAAUACAGCACAGGGAAUCCGCGCCAUGCAUUUAGAUAUGUUCACACCUUCAAAAGGGGAUAGACCAAAUGCCCCAAAUAUAGCCAUUAUCACAACAUACGGUCCAUCCAUCAACCCUCAAAGUACAACUCAAGAGGCUAUGCUGGCCAAAGCUAAAGGUGUACAUAUUUUUGCGGUUGGUUUAGGUUUAGGGGAUCUUUCGGAAAUCAGUUCGAUGGCAUCUGAACCUACUGGAAGAAACACAUUUUUUAUCCCGUCGUUUGUUCAGUUAGGUGGAUUGGAAGAUGAAAUUAUCGCGUCCUCUGCUUGUCCAGUACCUGAGUUUGAAAUCGGCUAUGAUGUUGUUUUUCUGGUGGACUCUUUCGGUACUCCCAGGAGCGUUUUUGAGAACAUGAAAAAUUAUCUUUCUCAGCAGAUUGAUAUGUUCGAUAUAAAUAAUGGACAAUACAGAGUUGGCCUCGCACAAUACACACAAGACACUGACAUCACUGCCACAUGGCAGCUUAAUAGACAUGACACAAAAAGCGACAUUCUUUCUGCAGUGUUAAGACUUCCGUAUAUCCGAGGGUCGGGGAAACGAGAAAUUGGAAAAGGAAUAGACUACGUUAAAAACCAAAUGUUCACCACUGAAAACGGCGACAGGGUAGAUGGUAGAAAUCUCAUAGUGUUGCUCACCGGUGCCGAUAAAAGUGAGGACGUAUAUGAAUCGUACCGCGCAGCUGAGCGCGCAGAAGAUGCUGAAAUAAAUCUGUAUACGGUAGGAUUCUCUAUUAAUGACACACAGGAACUGGAACAAAUCAGCACUUGGCCAUUGAAAGACUAUCAUUAUACAGUUGAUUCUGGGGUCGAUGUCGUGAUUGUUCCAGCAACAUUAUUCAAUUCAAUUGACGGGCGUACUGAACCUCGCAGGCAAAGACCCCUGCCACCCAUCACAACAACAGCAGCAGUUCCAUCAUCUGGAAGCACAUGCUUCGCUAAGGUGGACCUCGUUUUCAUUUUGGACUCCUCCACCAGCGUUGGACAAGACAACUACGACAAGAUGAAACAAUUUGUAAAGAAGUUCUUACACUCGGCGAAUAUUGAUGGUGGUGAAGUAAGAGUAGGAGUGGUAUCCUAUAGUUCCCGGGUAACAGUCGAAUUCAAUCUCAACGAUUACAACACUAAAACAGCUGUAUUCGACGCAGUGGAUAAAAUCACAUGGCGAUACGGAAGUACAAAUACAGCAGAUGGUCUGAAGUCAAUGCACGAAACCAUGUUUACCGCAGCCAACGGCGACAGACCAGAUGUCCCAAACAUUUGUGUAAUAAUGACUGACGGUGUUUCCAACAUAAAUUACCGUCGAACAAUUCCUGAAGCAGAGGCUGCACGUCAGAAGGGUAUUCACAUCUACGCCAUAGGCAUUGCUUUGAAAGACGUAGAAGAAUUAAAUGGAAUAGCAAGUCAGCCGGCCAGCUUAAACGCUUUUGCAGUGAAUACAUUCGACGAAUUGGAAGGCUUAGAUGAAAAGAUAUUUGAGUCUGUUUGCCCAGUUAUCUCAACCUUACCAACUACAACAAAAGCUCGUGACUCUGGAUAUGAUGUUGUUUUUAUGUUUGAUUCCUCAGUUUCACGUCAGUCAUUAUUUGAGGAAAUGAAAAAUUUUGCCAUUCAAUUGACACGCAAAGUUGGCAUCGAUAAUGGGGAAUAUCGUAUCGGCUUUAUGCGAUAUAGUACAGAUGCUGAAACUCUUACACAACUGAAUAAGUUUGAUCAAACAGAUGAUUUAAUUGUGGACAUGUUAAGAAUGAACUACAGACCAGGAGAGAGUAAUUUACAAAAUGCUCUCGAUACUGUCAUCCUCAACAUGUUUAGAGAAGACUAUGGAGACAGGGACUUUGCAAGAAACUUGAUUGUUUUACUAUCUGGUGUGGAUCAAAGUUCAAACCCUUAUGACGCAUUCAGAGCAGCAGAACGAGCGGAGAGCUUGGGAAUAAAUCUAUACACUGUAGGAUUUUAUUUGAAUAACACUUUUGAAAUAGAUGAAGUAUCUACACAUCCGCUAUACACUUUCCAAUACCUGAUCAACAAUAGAGGAGAUGCACAAAGAGCAAUGAACGAUUUAACCAAGUCUAUUGAUGAAAAUAUUCAACCACGAAGGGAGAGACCGUAUCCGACUACUACAACCACAACAACUACUACUACCACUACAAUUCCACCACGCAAUUCUGGAUAUGACGUUGUUAUCAUGAUGGACUCUUCUAUUCCUCGGAAAACAUUCGGUGCCAUGAAGAAAUAUGCUAGAACAUUAAUCAAUAAAUUCAACAUCGACGACAAACAGUACGCAGUAGGUCUCAUGCGAUAUGGAGAAUCUAACGAUAAACAAUGGGAUCUCAAUGAUUAUACUUCAAAGAGGGAUGUUCUAUCUGCUGUCGAUCGAGUUGCCUAUAGACAGGGAAAAUCUUCUGAUGCAGCAAGUGCUAUCCGUAUGGUAAGACGUCGAAUGUUCAAUGAUAGAAACGGGGACCGUGACUUUGCUAGAAAUCUCAUUGUCCUUAUGACUGCCAAUGAAAGAAGUGAUGAUAUAUACGCCACCUGGAAUGAGGCAGAAGAGGCAGAGAAAGAGAAUAUCAACUUGUAUACAGUCGGCUUCGAUUUGAACGACACCACAGAAAUCGACGAGACUUCAACUCACCCUCUUUAUAUCUAUCGUCACAUCAUCAACACGGAGGAUGGAGACUAUGCGAUCGAUUCAUCCACUGCAGAUAUUCUCAGGAUGAUUGACGAAGACGUGGAACCACCAAGACCAAGACCUAAACCUACCACCACCACCACAACUACAACCACAACCACCCUGCCUACAACAGUAAUAAACCAAUGCUUUGCACAAGUAGACUUGAUCUUCGUGCUGGAUUCUUCUACCAGUGUUGGAAAUGAUAAUUACGACAAAAUGAAAGACUUUGUCAAGAAGUUUUUACAUUCUGCAAAUAUUGACGGCGGAGAAGUACGUGUGGGUCUUGUGUCCUACAGUACUAAAGUCACGGUGGAAUUCCAGUUAAACUCCUACACAACCAAAGCUGACGUAUUCGCUGCUGUAGAUAGCAUACCUUGGAGAUACGGAAGUACCAACACCGCUGAUGGUUUGCAAACUAUGCAUAAAGACAUGUUCACUGAAGGCAAUGGCGACAGACCAGGUGUUCCAAACAUCUGUAUCAUUAUGACGGACGGUGUUUCCAAUAUUAACUACAGAAGAACUGUACCCGAGGCAAAAGAGGCAAGAGAAAAGGGCAUUCAUAUAUAUGCAAUAGGUAUAGCUCUGAAGGACUUGAAAGAAGUCAAUGGAAUAGCCAGUGAACCUGCAAGUUUGAACGUCUUUGCUGUGAAUACCUUUGAUGAAUUAGAAGGUCUUGAUGAAAAAAUCUUUGAAUCCUCGUGCCCAGUAACAACUACACCUAUACCUACCACAACUACAACAAAGCCACGUGACACCGGUUAUGAUGUUGUAUUUCUGCUUGAUUCUUCUGUGAAUGACAGAAGAGUAUUCAAUCAAAUGAAGGACUUCGCCCAAAACCUUGCGGGUGAUCUCAGCAUUGAUGAUAAAGAAUACCGCAUUGGUCUCGUGCGGUACAGUACGGCUUCCGAUACAUUUGCCCACCUUCAAGAUCUCGAUACCAAACGAGAAGUUAUUGAUAGGAUUCAGCAGAUACCAUAUCAACCCGGUGAAAGUAACCUGCAGGACGCUAUUGAUAUUGUUUCAUUAGAUAAUUUCCAGGAGUACAAUGGCGACAGAGACUUUGCAAGAAACUUGAUUGUUUUACUAACUGGUGUGGAUCAAAGUUCGAACCCUUAUGACGCAUUCCGUGCAGCAGAACGUGCGGAGGAUGAUGGGAUAAACAUCUAUACCGUUGGGUUUUACAUAAAUGAUACUUUCGAGGUUGAUGAGGUUCCAACGCAUCCUCUUAGCACGUACCGAUAUCUGGUUAAAAGGAGAGGAGAUAUUAAAAGUAUUCCUCGGAAAUUAGCUAAUUCAAUUGAUGACGUGCUCCGUCCGAGGAGAGAUAGACCUGUACCAACAACAACUACUACUACAACAACUACUACCACUACAACUCCACCACGUGAUUCUGGAUAUGACGUUGUUAUCAUGAUGGACUCCUCUAUUCCUCGGAAAACAUUCGGUGCCAUGAAGAAAUAUGCGAGAACAUUAAUUAAUAAAUUUAGUAUCGACGACAAACAGUACACAGUAGGUCUCAUGCGAUAUGGAGAAUCUAACGAUAAACAAUGGGAUCUCAAUGAUUAUACUUCAAAGAGGGAUGUUCUAUCUGCUGUCGAUCGAGUUGCCUAUAGACAGGGAACAUCUUCUGAUGCAGCAAGUGCUAUCCGUAUGGUAAGACGUAGAAUGUUCAAUGAUAGAAACGGGGACCGUGACUUUGCUAGAAAUCUCAUUGUCCUUAUGACUGCCAAUGAAAGAAGUGAUGAUAUAUACGCCACCUGGAAUGAGGCAGAAGAGGCAGAGAAAGAGAAUAUCAACUUGUAUACAGUCGGCUUCGAUUUGAACGACACCACAGAAAUCGACGAGACUUCAACUCACCCUCUUUAUAUCUAUCGUCACCUCAUUAACACGGAGGGUGGGGAUGAUGUAAUCGAUUCAUCAACUGGAGAUAUUCUCGGGAUGAUUGACGAAAACGUGGAGCCACCAAGAUCAAGACCUAAACCUACCACAACCACCACCACAACUACAACCACAACCACCAUGCCUACAACAGUAAUAAACCAAUGCUUUGCACAAGUAGACUUAAUCUUCGUGCUGGAUUCUUCUACCAGUGUUGGAAAUGAUAAUUACGACAAAAUGAAAGACUUUGUCAAAAAGUUUCUACAUUCUGCAAAUAUUGACGGCGGAGAAGUACGUGUGGGUCUUGUGUCCUACAGUACUAAAGUCACGGUGGAAUUCCAGUUAAACUCCUACACAACCAAAGCUGACGUAUUUGCUGCUGUAGAUAGCAUACCUUGGAGAUAUGGAAGUACCAACACCGCUGAUGGUUUACAAACAAUGCAUAAAGACAUGUUCACUGAAGGCAAUGGCGACAGACCAGGUGUUCCAAACAUCUGUAUCAUUAUGACGGACGGUGUUUCCAAUAUUAACUACAGAAGAACCAUCCCUGAGGCAAAAGAGGCAAGAGAAAAGGGCAUUCAUAUAUAUGCAAUAGGUAUAGCUCUGAAGGAAUUGAAAGAAGUCAAUGGAAUAGCCAGUGAGCCUGCAAGUUUGAACGUCUUUGCUGUGAAUACCUUUGAUGAAUUAGAAGGUCUUGAUGAAAAAAUCUUUGAAUCCUCGUGCCCAGUAACAACUACACCUAUACCUACCACAACUACAACAAAACCACGUGACACCGGUUAUGAUGUUGUAUUUCUGCUUGAUUCUUCUGUGAAUGACAGAAGAGUAUUUAAUCAAAUGAAGGACUUCGCCCAAAAUCUCGCGCGUAAUCUCAGCAUUGAUGAUAAAGAAUACCGCAUUGGUCUCGUGCGGUACAGUACGGCUUCCGAUACAUUUGCCCACCUUCAAGAUCUCGAUACCAAACGAGAAGUUAUUGAUAGGAUUCAGCAGAUACCAUAUCAACCCGGUGAAAGUAACCUGCAGGACGCUAUUGAUAUUGUUUCAUUAGACAAUUUCCAGGAGUACAAUGGCGACAGAGACUUUGCAAGAAACUUGAUUGUUUUACUAACUGGUGUGGAUCAAAGUUCGAACCCUUAUGACGCAUUCCGUGCAGCAGAACGCGCAGAGGAUGAUGGGAUAAACAUCUAUACCGUUGGGUUUUACAUAAAUGAUACUUUCGAAGUUGAUGAGUUUCCAACGCAUCCUCUUAGCACGUACCGAUAUCUGGUUAACAGGAGAGGAGAUAUUAAAAGUAUUCCUCGGAAAUUAGCUAAUUCAAUUGAUGAUGUGCUCCGUCCGAGGAGAGACAGACCUAUACCAACAACAACUACUACUACAACUACUACUACCACUACAAUUCCACCACGUGAUUCUGGAUAUGACGUUGUUAUUAUGAUGGACUCCUCUAUUCCUCGGAAAACAUUCGAUGCCAUGAAGAAAUAUGCGAGAACAUUAAUUAAUAAAUUUAGUAUCGACGACAAACAGUACACAGUAGGUCUCAUGCGAUAUGGAGAAUCUAACGAUAAACAAUGGGAUCUCAAUGAUUAUACUUCAAAGAGGGAUGUUCUAUCUGCUGUCGAUCGAGUUGCCUAUAGACAGGGAAGAUCUUCUGAUGCAGCAAGUGCUAUCCGUAUGGUAAGACGUCGAAUGUUCAAUGAUAGAAACGGGGACCGUGACUUUGCUAGAAAUCUCAUUGUCCUUAUGACUGCCAAUGAAAGAAGUGAUGAUAUAUAUGCCACCUGGAAUGAGGCAGAAGAGGCAGAGAAAGAGAAUAUCAACUUGUAUACAGUUGGCUUCGAUUUGAACGACACCACAGAAAUCGACGAGACUUCAACUCACCCUCUGUAUAUAUAUCGUCACCUCAUUAACACGGAGGGUGGAGAUGACGUAAUAGAUUCAUCCACUGGAGAUAUUCUUGGCUUGAUUGACGAAGAUGUGGAGCCACCAAGACCACGACCUAAACCUACCACCACCACCACAACAACUACUACAACCACAACCCCUAUGCCUACAACAGUAAUAAACCAAUGCUUUGCACAAGUAGACUUGAUCUUCGUGCUGGAUUCUUCUACCAGUGUUGGAAAUGGAAAUUACGACAAAAUGAAAGACUUUGUUAAGAAGUUUCUACAUUCUGCAAAUAUUGACGGCGGAGAAGUACGUGUGGGUCUUGUGUCCUACAGUACUAAAGUCACGGUGGAAUUCCAGUUAAACUCCUACACAACCAAAGCUGACGUAUUCGCUGCUGUAGAUAGCAUACCUUGGAGAUACGGAAGUACCAACACCGCUGAUGGUUUACAAACAAUGCAUAAAGACAUGUUCACUGAAGGCAAUGGCGACAGACCAGGUGUUCCAAACAUCUGUAUCAUUAUGACGGACGGCGUUUCCAAUAUUAACUACAGAAGAACUGUACCCGAGGCAAAAGAGGCAAGAGAAAAGGGCAUUCAUAUAUAUGCAAUAGGUAUCGCUCUGAAGGACUUGAAAGAAGUCAAUGGAAUAGCCAGUGAGCCUGCAAGUUUGAACGUCUUUGCUGUGAAUACCUUUGAUGAAUUAGAAGGUCUUGAUGAAAAAAUCUUUGAAUCCUCAUGCCCAGUAACAACUACACCUAUACCUACCACAACUACAACAAAACCACGUGACACCGGUUAUGAUGUUGUAUUUCUGCUUGACUCCUCUGUGAAUGACAGAAGAGUAUUCAAUCAAAUGAAGGACUUCGCCCAAAAUCUCGCGCGUAAUCUCAGCAUUGAUGAUAAAGAAUACCGCAUUGGUCUCGUGCGGUACAGUACGGCUUCCGAUACAUUUGCCCACCUCCAAGAUCUCGAUACCAAACGAGAAGUUAUUGAGAGGAUUCAGCAGAUACCAUAUCAACCCGGUGAAAGUAACCUGCAGGACGCUAUUGAUAUUGUUUCAUUAGAUAAUUUCCAGGAGUACAAUGGCGACAGAGACUUUGCAAGAAACUUGAUUGUUUUACUAACUGGUGUGGAUCAAAGUUCGAACCCUUAUGACGCAUUCCGUGCAGCAGAACGUGCGGAGGAUGAUGGGAUAAACAUCUAUACCGUUGGAUUUUACAUAAAUGAUACUUUCGAGGUUGAUGAGGUUCCAACGCAUCCUCUUAGCACGUACCGAUAUCUGGUUAAAAGGAGAGGAGAUAUUAAAAGUAUUCCUCGGAAAUUAGCUAAUUCAAUUGAUGACGUGCUCCGUCCGAGGAGAGAUAGACCUGUACCAACAACAACUACUACUACAACAACUACUACCACUACAAUUCCACCACGUGAUUCUGGAUAUGACGUUGUUAUCAUGAUGGACUCCUCUAUUCCUCGGAAAACAUUCGAUGCCAUGAAGAAAUAUGCGAGAACAUUAAUUAAUAAAUUUAGUAUCGACGACAAGCAGUACACAGUAGGUCUCAUGCGAUAUGGAGAAUCUAACGAUAAACAAUGGGAUCUCAAUGAUUAUACUUCAAAGAGGGAUGUUCUAUCUGCUGUCGAUCGAGUUGCCUAUAGACAGGGAACAUCUUCUGAUGCAGCAAGUGCUAUCCGUAUGGUAAGACGUCGAAUGUUCAAUGAUAGAAACGGGGACCGUGAUUUUGCUAGAAAUCUCAUUGUCCUCAUGACUGCCAAUGAAAGAAGUGAUGAUAUAUACGCCACCUGGAAUGAGGCAGAAGAGGCAGAGAAAGAGAAUAUCAACUUGUAUACAGUUGGCUUUGAUUUGAACGACACCACAGAAAUCGACGAGACUUCAACUCACCCUCUUUAUAUCUAUCGUCACCUCAUUAACACGGAUGGCGGGGAUGACGUAAUAGAUUCAUCCACUGGAGAUAUUCUUGGCUUGAUUGACGAAGAUGUGGAGCCACCAAGACCACGACCUAAACCUACCACCACCACAACAACAACUACUACAACCACACCCCCUAUGCCUACAACAGUAAUAAACCAGUGCUUUGCACAAGUAGACUUGAUCUUCGUGCUGGAUUCUUCUACCAGUGUUGGAAAUGAUAAUUACGACAAAAUGAAAGACUUUGUCAAGAAGUUUCUGCAUUCUGCAAAUAUUGACGGCGGAGAAGUGCGUGUGGGUCUUGUAUCCUACAGUACUAAAGUCACCGUGGAAUUCCAGUUAAACUCCUACACAACCAAAUCUGACGUAUUCGCCGCUGUAGAUAGCAUACCUUGGAGAUACGGAAGUACCAACACCGCUGAUGGUUUACAAACAAUGCAUAAAGACAUGUUCACUGAAGGCAAUGGCGACAGACCAGGUGUUCCAAACAUCUGUAUCAUUAUGACGGACGGUGUUUCCAAUAUUAACUACAGAAGAACUGUACCCGAGGCAAAAGAAGCAAGAGAAAAAGGCAUUCAUAUAUAUGCAAUAGGUAUCGCUCUGAAGGACUUGAAAGAAGUCAAUGGAAUAGCCAGUGAGCCUGCAAGUUUGAACGUCUUUGCUGUGAAUACAUUCGAUGAAUUAGAAGGUCUUGAUGAAAAAAUCUUUGAAUCCUCGUGCCCAGUAACAACUACACCUAUACCUACCACAACUACAACAAAGCCACGUGACACCGGUUAUGAUGUUGUAUUUCUGCUUGAUUCCUCUGUGAAUGACAGAAGAGUAUUCAAUCAAAUGAAGGACUUCGCCCAAAAUCUCGCGCGUAAUCUCAGCAUUGAUGAUAAAGAAUACCGCAUUGGUCUCGUGCGGUACAGUACGGCUUCCGAUACAUUUGCCCACCUCCAAGAUCUCGAUACCAAACGAGAAGUUAUUGAUAGGAUUCAGGAAAUAUCUUAUCAACCCGGUGAAAGUAACCUGCAGGAUGCUCUUGAUAUUGUUUCAUUAGACAAUUUCCAGGAGUACAAUGGCGACAGAGACUUUGCAAGAAACUUGAUUGUUUUACUAACUGGUGUGGAUCAAAGUUCGAACCCUUAUGACGCAUUCCGUGCAGCAGAACGUGCGGAGGAUGAUGGGAUAAACAUCUAUACCGUUGGAUUUUACAUAAAUGAUACUUUCGAGGUUGAUGAGGUUCCAACGCAUCCUCUUAGCACGUACCGAUAUCUGGUUAACAGGAGAGGAGAUAUUAAAAGUAUUCCUCGGAAAUUAGCUAAUUCAAUUGAUGACGUGCUCCGUCCGAGGAGAGACAGACCUAUACCAACAACAACUACUACUACAACUACUACUACCACUACAAUUCCACCACGUGAUUCUGGAUAUGACGUUGUUAUCAUGAUGGACUCCUCUAUUCCUCGGAAAACAUUCGAUGUCAUGAAGAAAUAUGCUAGAACAUUAAUUAAUAAAUUUAGUAUCGACGACAAACAGUACACAGUAGGUCUCAUGCGAUAUGGAGAAUCUAACGAUAAACAAUGGGAUCUCAAUGAUUAUACUUCAAAGAGGAAUGUUCUAUCUGCUGUCGAUCGAGUUGCCCAUAGACAGGGGAAAUCUUCUGAUGCAGCAAGUGCUAUCCGUAUGGUAAGGCGCAGAAUGUUCAAUGAUAGAAACGGCGACCGUGAUUUUGCUAGAAAUCUCAUUGUCCUCAUGACUGCCAAUGAAAGAAGUGAUGAUAUAUACGCCACCUGGAAUGAGGCAGAAGAGGCAGAGAAAGAGAAUAUCAACUUGUAUACAGUUGGCUUUGAUUUGAACGACACCACAGAAAUCGACGAGACUUCAACUCACCCUCUUUAUAUCUACCGUCACCUCAUUAACACGGAGGGUGGAGAUGACGUAAUAGAUUCAUCCACUGGAGAUAUUCUUGGCUUGAUUGACGAAGAUGUGGAGCCACCAAGACCACGACCUAAACCUACCACCACCACCACAACAACUACUACAACCACAACCCCUAUGCCUACAACAGUAAUAACCCAAUGCUUUGCACAAGUAGACUUGAUCUUCGUGCUGGAUUCUUCUACCAGUGUUGGAAAUGAUAAUUACGACAAAAUGAAAGACUUUGUCAAGAAGUUUCUGCAUUCUGCAAAUAUUGACGGCGGAGAAGUACGUGUGGGUCUUGUAUCAUACAGUACUAAAGUCACCGUGGAAUUCCAGUUAAACUCCUACACGACCAAAGCUGAUGUAUUCGCCGCUGUAGAUAGCAUACCUUGGAGAUACGGAAGUACCAACACCGCUGAUGGUUUACAAACAAUGCAUGAAGACAUGUUUACUGGAGGCAAUGGCGACAGACCAGGUGUUCCAAACAUCUGUAUCAUUAUGACGGACGGUGUUUCCAAUGUUAAUUACAGAAGAACUGUACCCGAGGCAAAAGAGGCAAGAGAAAAAGACAUUCAUAUAUAUGCAAUAGGUAUCGGUCUGAAGGACUUGAAAGAAGUCAAUGGAAUAGCCAGUGAGCCUGCAAGUUUGAAUGUCUUUGCUGUGAAUACCUUUGAUGAAUUAGAAGGUCUUGAUGAAAAAAUCUUUGAAGCUUCCUGUACAGGAGCAACAACUGCAUCGCCACCCUCUGAAUCGGGUUAUGACGUUGUUCUUGUUCUCGACUCCUCAGUGACACCCCGAACAUAUCAAUUAAUGAAAGAGUAUGGGAAAAACUUAGUAGAUGGUUUCAAUGUUGAAGACCAAGAGUACCGAGUGGGGCUAAUGAGAUAUAGCACAGACGCUGAUGUGCAGUUUGAUCUGGAUGAAUAUUCUACGAAAGAUGACAUCAAGUUUGCUAUUGACAAAAGUUUGUAUAACCCCGGGGAAACAGACACCGCAAAAGCUAUCAAUUCUGUUCGCGAAAAUAUGUUCCGAGAAACGCAUGGUGAUAGAGACUUUGCUAGGAAUCUUAUAGUUCUGCUUACUGGCCAGGAUCAAAGUAAAGACACAUACGAAUCCUGGGCAGCUGCCGAGAAAGCAGAGGCGGCAGGUAUAAAUUUGUUUACGGUGGGAAUCAAUCUGAACGACACAACAGAAAUAGACGAACUCUCCACUCACCCAAUCCAAAAGUACAGACAUCUCAUCAACACAUACUCAUCUCCCGCUGAACUUAACCGAACCGCUAAUAAUCUUUUGGGACUUAUUGAUGAUCAAGUGGAACCCGAACGUCCAAGACCAAAACCUACCACAAAGCCCCCUAUUGACAGAGACUGUUUUCAGAGAGUGGAUUUGGUGUUCGUAUUGGACUCAUCCACUAGUGUCGGAAAUUUGAACUUUGAUAAAAUGUUAGAAUUUGUAAAAAGCUUCCUACACUCUGCUAACAUUGAUGGGGGAGACGUCCGGGUGGGUGUUCUAACGUAUAGUACCGGAGUUAGAAUAGAGUUUAACUUAAAUGACUAUACGAGUAAAAGUGAACUUUUUAAAGCCGUCGACAAUAUUCCCUGGCGAUAUGGCAGUACAAACACAGCCGAUGCACUACUUGAAAUGCAUGAAACCAUGUUCACGAGAGGAAAUGGAGACAGAAGAGGUGUACCUAAUAUCUGCAUCAUCAUCACAGAUGGAGUUUCUAACAUUAACUUUGCGAGAACUCUACCCGAGGCUGAAAAGGCUCGCAAGAAAGGCAUCCAUAUCUACGCCGUGGGUAUCGCUUUGCAAGAUUUGAAAGAAGUUAACGGAAUAGCAAGUGAACCAGCCAGCGAGAAUGUAUUUUCUGUUAAUACAUUUGAUGAGCUUGAGGGAUUAGAUGAAACAAUAUUUGAAUCAACAUGUUCAGUUACUACGAUCAAAACAAUACCUACCACAACUCCAACGCCUUGUGGCUUUGAGCGGGUGGAUUUAGUUAUAAUUCUGGAUUCCUCCACAAGCGUCGGUCAAGACAACUUCCGAAAAAUGCUGGAAUUUUGUAAGGAUUUCCUUAAGAAUUCUGAUAUUGACUCCGGGGGUGUUCGAGUUGGAAUUCUCAGUUAUAGCACCGACGUACACGAUCACUUCUAUCUGAAUGCCUACCAAAAUUCCACAAACAUGUUUAUUGCUAUUGAAAAUAUUCCCUGGGUGUUUGGAAGCACUAAUACUGCUGAUGCAUUAAGGGAUAUGCGAACAAAAUACUUCUCAUUCGCAAACGGGGACAGACCGGAUGCACGAAACAUUGCUCUUAUUCUUACUGACGGUGUAUCCAAUAUCAAUGCAAACAGGCUGACUGAUGAGGCUGAAAGAGCCAGAGAUGAGGGUAUUCAUAUUUAUGCAGUAGGAAUUGGACUGAGUGAUGAUACUGAAUUAAAUCAAAUAGCAUCUAUCCCUGCCUCUGAAAACACCUUUUCUGUAAAGGAUUUUGAUGAAUUGAAGAACUUAGAUGAGCAGAUCUUUAGGUCUUUGUGUCCAGCGUCAACACCAAAACUAACCCGACCACCCACAACAAUAAGAACCACUAUAGCCUCAACCACAACAACAACCACAACAACUACGAUCCCAACAACAACCGAAAGAACGACCGGAUAUGACGUCAUUCUGGUGCUCGAUUCUUCUGUUGAUCGUCGUACCUUCGAUUAUAUGAAAAAAUAUGCCAACAAACUAGUAGACAAAUUGAGCGUUGACAACGAAGAAUACAGAGUUGGAGUUAUGAGGUACAGUACCAACCCCGACGUGCAGAUCAACCUCGACAGAUAUAAUGAUAAAGCUUCUAUCAUGAAUCGAAUCAGUAAUAUUUACUAUCGGAGUGGUCGCACAAACACUGACAGAGCACUAGACGCUGUACGACAGAGGAUGUUUACGAGAAGAAAUGGUGACCGGGAUUUUGCUAGAAAUCUGAUAGUCCAUAUUACAGGGAACGAUAGAAGUAAUGAUAUCUACGAUACGUGGGCAGCAGCCGAGCGCACAGAGAAGGAUCGCAUUAAUAUCUACACGGUUGGAAUUGACCUGCAAGACUUGACAGAAAUAGACGAAUUGUCUUCCCAUCCAUUGUACACAUAUAGAACGUUGAUAAACACUUCAAUGAGUCAACCACAAGUGGAUGACUCGCUUGUUAAUCUCGUCAGAACAAUUGAUGCAGACAUUGAUCCCUGGAGACCGAGACCGAAACCAACAACGACCACUUCAACUACUACUACCACAACUACACCACGGAACACCGGAAAAGACCUAAUCUUUAUGCUGGAUUCUUCUGUUUCACCUGAAAUAUUCAAGUGGAUGAAAUCUUACGUCUCCAAUAUGGUUCAGAACUUGGAUAUAGAUAAUGAAGAAUAUAGAGUGGGUCUAAUGAAAUUCGGUACCAAUCCUAGUCUAGAGGCUCAUCUCAAACGGUACAAUGAGAAAGACAAGGUUCUAAGAGCGGUAGAAAGAAUUGGAUAUACUCCAGGAAGAACAAAUACAGAUAGAGCUAUCAAUUAUGUUCGCCAAAAUAUGUUUCUGCCUUACAGGGGAGAUCGAAACUUUGCUAGAAACAUUGUUGUAUUACUAACAUCAAAUGACAAAAGCGCUAAUAUGUAUCGUACUUGGGAUGCAGCGGAGAAAGCGGAGAGGUUAGGGAUCAAUUUCUUCACCGUCGGAAUCAACUUGAAUGAUACGACAGAAAUUGACGAAUUGUCAACGCACCCCUUAUCAACUUACAGACACCUUGUUAACACAAAUAUGAACGAACGUGAGGUGAAUGAUAAUGUAAACAGAGUGUUAGGAUUGGUGAAUGAGGAUAUCGAACCACCACGGCCACGACCAAAACCGACUACCCCUCCACCAGUCACCACUCAAGCACCACCGGAGAAAGGGCAUGAUAUAGUUGUAAUUAUGGAUUCCACUGUUAAACCUGAGCAGUUCCGAUCGUUCCGAAAAUUUGUCAAAACUCUGGCUGAAAACGUGAACAUUGAUAGCGGCGAAGUCCGUAUGGGUGUAAUGAGUUACAGCACCCGACCACGAAUUCAAUGGCAAUUGAAAGAUUAUGAUAAGAAAGAUAAAAUUAUUCGAGCAGUGGAUAGAAUUGUUUAUAAUACUGGAGAAAGGAACACUGCUCAAGCGAUUAAUGAUGCCAAUAAAUAUAUGUUUACCCGGAGGAACGGAGACCGUAAUUUCGCAAGAAAUUUCAUAAUUCUUCUAACAGGAGAAAAAGAGAGCACUGAUAGAUACGAUGCGUAUGAAGCAGCAUAUCAGGCGGAAAGAGACGGCAUCAAUCUAUUUACAAUUGGGUAUUAUUUGGAUGAUACCACAGAGGUCAACGAAAUCGCCACACAUCCACUAAGAACAUAUCGGCAUCUGGUAGAUCGGGAGAGUGAUCUUUUAGAACUUCCUGGAGUGUUACAGUAUGCCCUGAAUGACAUGGGAGAGGUUCCUGAACGCGCUCGUCUGCGCCCACAAAGACCUACUACCAGACCCCCGCCUACAACUACGAGGAAACCAGGAGUGUGCAAAGGACUGGGAGACAUCGUGUUUAUACUGGAUACUUCUGGUAGUGUUGGCAGAGACGGAUUCUAUAAAGUCUUGAACUUUACUUAUCAUAUCAUUUCUGAACUCGAUAUUGACAGUGGUAACUUCCGGGUAGCUGUCAUAACCUUCAGCGACCAUCCAAGUUUGGAGUUUGAUUUAUCAGAAUAUACUACAAGAGCAGAUGUGGAAAAAGCCCUUAAAACACUGAAUUACGUUUAUGGAUCUACCCAUACUGCCUCAGCUCUUCGUUUAGCUAGAGAACGAGUUUUUACUUCAUCAGCAGGGGACCGAAUAGAUGUGCCCAACGUUGUAAUCACUAUUACCGAUGGCGAGUCCAAUAUUCAUCCCGAGAACACAAUUCCAGAAGCUCUACUAUUGAAGAGAACUGGGGCUACCUUGUUAACAGUUGCAGUUGGGUACACACAUCGUGAAGAGGAACUCAGAGGUCUCACGACGCCUCCCGUCAAACAAAACCUUGUUCGUGUAGAAAACUUUGACGCCCUUCAUAAUUUCAGUUCUACAUUAGUCAGUCCACUCUGCAAUGACGCAAAUAAGUGUGCUUCGAAACCCUGUCAAAACGGUGCUUAUUGUAUUGACGGUAUUGGGUCAUACCAAUGUGUUUGUACAAAUGGAUUCCAUGGGAAAAACUGUGAUAAAAAAUGUGGUAAUCCAGCCGAUGUGGUGUUUGUCAUGGACUCUUCAGAUGGCAUUGGAGAACACACAUUCAGACGUAUUAAAGGAUAUGUCGAUUACCUCGUUCGUGAAAUGAAUAUUGAAGAAUGCGACAUCAGAGUAGGUGCCAUGAAAUACAGCUCAGCACCCAUGGUACAAUUUGGCAUUGGCCAAUAUAGUGAUACUAAUACUAUUACAAGAAUGGUUGACCACAUUGGCUACACAAGAGGAAAAGCAAAUAUGGCGGGUGCUUUUAGAAGCCUGCGCACAAACAUGUUCAAUGGUAAUGGAGACAGGCCAAACGUGAAGAAUAUUGCUUACCUUUUAACGGAUGGGUCGGUAGAAGUCAAUGAAGACACAACAAUGCAAGAAGCAGAACUGGCUAUCGGGUCUGACAUUCAGAUUAUUCCUAUAGCUGUGCAAAUGCGAAGGCGAGAUGAAGUGGAAAGUAUUGCGCUAUCACAAGGCCUGAAAACGAUGGAAAUUGAUGAUGAUACCAUGUUGUACGCCAUGCGUGAUGAGGUUUUGGAUCCAAUAUACGAUAGCAAUGACUACUGUGCUGACAGUCCAUGCAGAAACGGAGGACAGUGCAAAAACAACAACGGUGGUUAUCUCUGCGAAUGUAAAGCUGGCUUCUCUGGGGACCUCUGUCAAAAGAGAUGCCCAUCUAAAGGAGACAUUGUGUUUGCCGUUGAUGCAUCGAGAUAUGUUAGUCGAAAGGAGCUGAAAGAUAUGAAAAAGUUCAUGAAACAACUUGUACGAAGGAUGACAUUCCGUAGGACGGGUUUCCGUGUCGGUAUUGUGCAGUUUGCCGGCGGCGCAAUGGUACGCCUUAAUCUUCAAAGGGGUUCGAGUAAGAAAGCAGUGAAGUCGGCGGUGUCAGGAAUACGACGCUUGGGUUCAGACCCGAACCCAAUGGAAGCUCUUAGAAAAGCACGCAUUAGGAUCUUCGGACGACCCGCUGACCGUUCUACAGUACCGAAUACCGUUAUCUUCAUCACUAAGAGUAUGCGAAAAGAACAUGAAAUCUUCAGGGAGGCUGGAAAACUAAAACUGUCGGGGACCAAUAUCAUUGGCAUCGGAAUGGACCUGUCGGACUCGGAUAAAGGUUUUCUCAAGACUGCGGUGUCUCCCCCAAUGUUAGCCAACUCCUUUUUCUUGCCUAAUGGCGAGAGCUUGACGAGUCUUACUGAUACUGUGAUGACGUACCUCUGCCAAGAGAACAUGGCAUGUAGCGACAACCCCUGCCACAACAACGGUACAUGUACUAGUUUAUCGAGUACGGAAUAUACGUGUGCAUGUACGAAAGGAUACGCUGGGAAGAAUUGUGACGAACUUAAUGGCAAUGUGGCCGACAUUGCUUUCCUCGUGGACGCGUCGGGAAGUGUCGGAAUGGACAACAUUGACAAAAUGAAACAAUUUGUCUACUCCAUGAUUGAGCAGAUAUCGGUUGGGCAAACGGACAACCGGGUCGGUCUUGCGUCUUACAGCUCAAACUCUCAAAUGGGAUUUCACCUAGACAGCUUCUAUACGAAAAAACAAAUCAUGAAUGCAAUAUCUGCCAUGCAGUAUCGUUACGGCAAUACUAACACCGCCUCCGGAUUAAGAAUGGUUCGACAAGACAUUUUUGACCGGAAUAAGGGCGAUAGAGCCAACAUUCCCAAUAUUCUGAUUUUGAUCACGGACGGUAACUCCAACAUCAACAGUCAGGACACAAUACCUGAAGCCCUGCGACUGAGGGAGCAAGGUGUUCAUAUCAUUGUUGUCGCAAUCGACUACUCUGGUGAAAUGAACCGACAAGAAAUGGACGCUGUAGCCUCCCAGCCUGCAGCUCAGAACGUCUUUUGGGUCAACGAUUACUCAGAUCUAUCGGGUGUAGAGGGCGCUAUUUUCGCGAAAUUGUCCUCACCAGACAUGAAUAAAGACAUAUGUGACACAAAUGAAAUAAAAUGUAAACAUGGCGGUCGAUGUGUCUCAGCAGUUGUGACCGGAACCUACCGGUGUGAGUGUAUUUCGGGAUUCGCUGGAAACUUCUGUGAGAUUGCAUGUCCAAACAAGUUUGAUGUUGCAAUCGUUAUUGAUUCCUCUGCCAGUGUUGGUCCGCAAAACUUCAGACUUAUAAGGACUUUCUCUAGUUCUGUCGUGGAACAACUGUAUCGAAUUUCUAGGAACAAUAGGUUCGCCAUGAUAACUUUCAAUUCAGAGGUCAAGACCGUCUUCGGUUUUGGUCGUUACCGUGACCUUACCUCACUGACGUCAGCAAUAACAGGUGCGAGGUACAAACCUGGAGGAACCAAUACCGCAUUGGCGCUGAGAACAGCUCAUGGUCUGCUUCAGAACGAUUUCGGUACCAGACGUUCAGCGAAGAACGUUGUAAUUCUGAUAACGGACGAAGGGUCCAAUAUCAACGCUACUGAGACUCUCCCUGCGGCAAGAGAACUUAAGAAUGCCGGAACUCACGUCAUCGCAAUAGGAAUCGGCCUCGACAUCGCAGGCGAAUCAGCAGCCCAAGAAAUCAGAGACAUCGCGUCAACAGAUGACAAAGCCUUGAUAAAAGUCAACAGCUACGGCGAGUUGAAGGAAAUUGAAAGUGACGUCAUCAACCAAUUGUGCAAUCUUGGUGAAGAUGGUAGCAAAUAGCAUCAUAGAAUAUUUAAUUUUCAUUCCAUGUAGGAUAAAUUUAACAAAUUUCAUUUGUGUAUUGUAGAAUACUCAUUUGUGUAUUGUAGAAUACUCAUUUGUGUAUUGUAAAAUAUUCAUUUUAACAGCAGAUGUUUUGCAGCACUUUUUUUUACAUUGUUGUACAUGUGUUAUAUUGUAUAAGAAGUCAAUAUAUGCCCAUUUUUAUCAUUGAAUACAACGAUUAUGUAUAUAUCUAGUUGUAUUUAUAUGUCUAGUGCUAUUCAGUAUUAAUAUUUAUAGUUAUUGACGAGUGGACGUAGAAUAUAUGAUAUAUCGACUAAAUACCUGCCUAUGUUACUAGUUAUUCAUAACACGAUAUAUAAAUGCAUUUGAUCGGGGAUUUUACUUUAUGAAUUGUAUGUCAUUCGUUACAGUUUAACUCAUAUUAUCAAUGAUACACAGAGGUCAAAUGCAGCUAAGUUUUUUUUUUAACUUUGCACUAUAUAGCUUUGUAUUAAAAAGUAUUUUUAUGA